AUGGACGAAAGGGCUGAAUUGAUACCGGGCAGAAGAUCUCGUUCCCACAAUAUCCCCGGAACGCCAUUCACACCAUGUGAACUCUUUGGUGCUCUUCUUUUCGUGCUUAUGGUCGUUGUGCCUGUCUUUAGCUCUUGGUUUGUAGUGCCACCUGGUGAAAUUGGUGUGGUUGUUACCCUAGGGCAAGUGUCGUCCUUUGGACAAGGCCUGCACUGGAGGAUCCCGUACGCAUCUCAUCUUGUCAUGCUGAGUGCCAAAACACAAAAGCUGGAUGAACAAAACAAUGUUCCCACAAAAGAAGGACUUUCCGUCCAACUUGACACUGCCAUUUUGUUUCGGCUUGAUGCCAGCAAGGCCGGGGAACUGUAUUCCAGAAUCGGGCCGGACUAUGUUAAUGUCGUGAUUGCCCCAGAAGCAGCCUCGGCUACCCGUGGACUCACGUCAGAGAGCGAAGCAAAAGAAUUGUACACGUCCGGUAGAAAUGCAAUUCAGGACGCCCUCAAGCAAGAGCUGAAAGAAACUCUGGGUCCAAGAGGAAUCAUCAUUGAGGAUGUCUUGCUCAAGGAUAUUCAUCUUCCAGAACAACUGACUCAUGCAAUUGAGGCAAAGGUGAAGGCCGAGCAAGAUUCCCAGCGCAUGCAGUUUGUACUGGCCAAGGAGGAGCAGGAAGCCAAGCGAAAGGCCAUUGAAGCACAAGGCAUUGCUGACUUUCAGAGAAUUGUGAGCAGUGGGAUCUCAGAUGAACUCUUGAGGUGGAAAGGUGUAGAGGCAACAGAAAAGUUGGCCGAGUCCUGCAACUCCAAACUGGUGAUAAUGGGCAAUGGAAGAGAUGGACUUCCCGUGAUUUUGAGUGCUGCAGAUGAUGGCAUAGCGGCCCAAACAUCAUCAAACACCAACAAUAAACAGAAUCCGUAG